AUGAAGAACUUCAGCAAAGAACGGCAAAGACAAGAAGAUUCUCAAAAAGAUUCUCAAAACUUUCAAUCAGAGAAAUAUGAUGAAAUCUUAUCCAAACAAAAAGUAACAGAAGAAUCCCUAAACCAAUAUGGCAAAAGAAUACGGGAUCUAGAAGACCUUAUCUACGAUCUUGAGGAAGAACUUUUCUAUGCCACUGAAAAAAUAGAGGAGCACGAACGUCGAUCCAGAUUAGACAACCUUGAAUCCCACGGUAUUGCUCCUAACAUUAAUGAAGACACUGAUAAUCUUGUCAUGGAAAUAGGUAAAAUGAUAAAUGUCGAAAUAAAACCUUCCGACAUCUCUAUAACUCAUCGCUCUCCAACUCGCAACUCUAAAAUUCAUAAGCCCAUAGUGGCAAAAUUCACCAACCGAAAAAUCCGCUCCAAAAUCUUAAAAAACCGCCACCUAAUUAAAUCUGCGGCCAACACAACAUCGAUAAGAAAUAUGGCCAAAGUAUUUAUUGUCGAGAACCUGACUGAUAAAAAUAAGAACCUCUUCUAUCAAGCGAAACUUCUCAAAAAACGUUGCGGAUAUGCCUUCCUUUGGACUUCAAAUGGCAAGGUUUUGAUGAGGAAGAAUAAAGAUACCAACACUUUACCUAUUGUUAAUGAAGAGGACUUGAACAAAAUAAGAUAA